AUGGACGGACACAAGAGAUAUGGAAUUUUCGUGACGAGGAGCAUUGAUGUGUUUGAUUGCUCGGGCAGAAAAAGGUACAAGGAAUUGGAUGGGUUCGCAAAUCUUGUUCCUCGUAUUGUCAAGGCAGUUCAGCCACCGAGUUACCAGAAGGACUUUACGUUCGCUGCAUAUACGGUUCACUAUGUCCCCAUGGGUAAGCUGAAUAAAAGUGCAUGUGAUUGUGGUGUCUAUACAAUAAAGUUCAUCGAGUGCCAUUCGCAUGGAUUGAAGUUGCCCUUGGUGAAUGAUGGUAACAUCAAAGAAGCUCGCCACAGAGUUUUGUGGGAUCUAUGGGAAGCGGCAAACGACCCGGAAUUGGUUGAGAGGAUGUCAAAUUAUGAACCUCCAGAGUGUCUCACUUCAACCGUAGAAGAGAUUCUGUGA